AGAACAAAUCUUGUUUGGCUGUUGUAAAAUCUACCAGUGAUUUUGGUGUAAUGCUUGUUACAAAUUAAAUUUGUAGUUAUUUUAUCUAAAAAGGGAGGAAGCAAAAUCCAGGACUAGUCUGUAAUUUUUUACCGGCCAUGAGCCUGCCAGCACCAGUAUCCCCUGGCAUUGAAGGAGGCCGGGGGAGAAUGGCUCCUAAGACCCUGAGGUGGGCCACUUCCAUUGUGGUGCCACCAAGCACAGGAGUUGCAAACUCUGCUGAGUCACCAACUGUCAUGGGCUGUGAAGUUGCUGGCAGGGCAGAAACCUGGAAGGCUCUGAAAAAUAAGGUGGGGCUUUAUACAAGCCCUCGCUAUGAUCAGAAAUGGCUGACUUGUGACCUACAAAAACUCACUGAUGAGGCUACACUCAACAGUCUGUACAACACUCUGGUUCUUGAUAAUGAAGUAGAGAAGACUUUUCCUCCAAAGACUUACACUUGUGAAGCUGAAAAGAAAACUGUACACAGAGGCUCAAAUGGACGUCUCUACUGUGGAGUGAACACCCUUGAGUGCGCCUGCUGCAGCGGACAGACAUGCAGUGAUAUCAGCAACUGUAACUGCAAGGCCUGCCACAAAAUAGAGAGGGAAGAGAAAAUUCAGUUUGAGCGUGAGCUACCUACGUCUGGCAGCCUCAUAGCCUCCUGGACGUGGGGAGAACAGCCCAGCGCAGCAGCACAGCAGCUGUGCCUUGACAAGCUCCAGUGUGAACAGGUGCAGCGCUGCACCGCUGCUGCUGCCUCCACUCUCUGCAACGACCGCAUACAGCAGCAGUUCAUGGUCAUGCAGCGGUACUUGGUGGCGCUUAGACGAUCCCAGCUUCAGAUUUGCUCUGGUGACGCAAAAUCCGCCGUUGAAAACAAAUCUCAUGUCUUGGACGUCGGCGUCACUCUCGACACUAAGAGCGAAAACGCUAAGAGGAACCAAACUUUGGCUGCCAAAGGAACCUUAGGCAAGAGCGGCCAUGACAUCGGCACUGACAAUCGUGCCCGUGACUCAGAUAACCGUGCCCGUGACGCAGAUAACCGUGCUCGUGACUUAGAUAACCGUGCCCGUGACUCAGAUAACCGUGCCCGUGAGCCCGACAACACACUGAGCGCCACGUUGGGACUGGCCCGCGUGGGAUCACGGGCCGCGCUCAGUUUCGCCUUCGCCUUCCUGAGGCGAGCUUGGCGCUCUGGGGAAGACGCCGAUCUUUGCACUGAGCUGCUGCAGGAGUCGCUGAGCGCGCUGGAGACGCUGCCUGAGGCGUGUCUGUUCGACGAGGCGACGCUGUCCAGCGUCUGGCUCGACGCUAUGACCCGCGCUAACACCUUCCUCGUCAGCGUUGUUCUCGGCAACUCCAACACCGCCUCGUCUCACAUGAGCAUGUCGUCCAUCUUGGGGAACAGCGUGGGGCGCGCCCCCAUGGCCCCCGUGUGUGCCCCCCUCAUGGACCGGCACCUGGCGCUGCUGCUGGUGCUGCAGCUGAACCUGCAACGUGCCACCCUCUCGGCCCUGCUGUCGGGCGUGCUGCUCCUGCUGCAGGCCUGGGACCACGCCAGGAAUCAGGCGGACAACCGCGUGAGUGGCGAGUGCUCCAGCGCGCCUCUGGUGCCGCUGCUGCGUCGCCUGCAGGCGAUCACGCCCCCCUCCCCUGUCGGCCAGGGGCGCCGCCCCCACAAGGAGGUUCUCCCCACCCUCGAUGCCACGAGCCCGACGGAGAGUCUCCUGCGGUAUCUUGAGCUGCCUGAAGACGACACGUCGCCUGUGGACCUGGAGCAGGCAGCUGUGGUAGUGAUGUGUCAUGUGGACCGUCUCGCCUGCCCUCUCCUGCCUCCCCGCCUGCCUACUGCCACAGCCCCCCUCACCCCACACUCCAGCAAACACUCUCAGAUAAUCACAUGGGGCAUGGUGAGUCACGAGAGCCAGCAGACGUGUGCUCCCUCCUCGGCGUCCGCCGCGGCACUGAACUACUACGAGCCUCUGGCCGCCCUCAGCGUCGCUGAGGUUGCCUGCUGUGACACCUCCUUCGUCGUCCUCACCACCCACGGGGCGCUCUAUAACGUGCCUUAUGUGGCUCGAGGGGACACGUCAGGAGCGCCCCAGGAGCUGCGUGUGCCGGGGGGCGUCGUGGUGACGCGCGUACGCAGCCACGCCGACGCCAGGCACUUCCUUGCCGUCACCACCGCCCGCACCGUGCUGUCGUGGGGGGCAAGCAACGAGGGGGGCUGGCUGGGGUUGGGGGACAGGGAUGCGCGCCCCCUCCCCACCCUCAUCCCGGGGCUCAGCGACAUUGUAACGGUUGCGGUGGGGGCGACGCACAGUGCGGCGGUGACGGGGUCAGGGUCGCUGUACACGUGGGGGCGCGGCAGCUACGGCAGACUGGGGCACGGCGACCACCACGACCACCCCGCCCCCACGCUCGUCCAGGCCCUUAAGGACGUGCGUGUGGUGGACGUGGCAUGUGGCAGCGGGGACGCGCAGAGCCUGGCCGUGACGGCUGAGGGGACGGUCUACGGCUGGGGGGACGGCGACUACGGCAAACUCGGCAUGGGGGGGUGUACGGGCACCCCUACACCCACCCUCCUCACCCACCUCGUGCAGCAGGACGUGGUGGCACAGCGCGUGCUGUGCGGCCAGCAGUUCAGUAUCACUAAUCACUGCACGGUGCACAGCAGCAGGACGUGGUGGCACAGCGCGUGCUGUGCGGCCAGCAGUUCAGUGCUGUGGUGGGGUGCGGUGGCCGCGUCUACACCUUCGGCCGCGGCGACAACGGCAGGACCGGCGUGGGCGAGGAGGCGCCCCUGCGGGUGCCCACUCUCGUGCCCGGCCUCAAUGGUGGGUCACGGGUACGAGGUGCGGGACAUGGCGGUGGGGGCAAGCCACGCGGUGGUGGUGACGACGGCGGGGGAGGUGCUGGUGUGGGGGAACAACGCGCGGGGGCAGCUGGGGGGCGUGGGGGGCAGCACCGUCUGGACCCCCGUCGAGUGCCCCCACCUCAGGCAGGCCCAGGUCAAGGGGGUCGCCUGUGGACCCCAUCAGACGGUGAUAUGGACGUGUGGGGGACGUGUGACACUGCCACGUGUGGUGCCGUACGUGGUGGACGUGACGGGUGAUGCCAUGACACGUCUCUGCCACGUCCUCACCCGUUGCUCCCAAGGGCUCCUCGACACCCACGUCGUCCCCCACCAGGAGCAGGAGUGUCUCGUGGUGGCCGCCCUCAACCUCACCAGGCUACAGUUCCUGGCGGGGCUGGAGAACUCAGUGCCUGGGGAGGAGCUCGGUCUCGUCCCCGGCUCCCCACUGCUGACGAGCCUCAAGCUGACCAUCGUCAGCCUCGCCACCACGCCUGACGUGCUGCCUUCUAUACAGCAAGCAGCGCAGGGCGCCCUGCAGUACGGCUGGUCGUACCUCCUCCCCACCCCCGCCGAGGGUACGGCCGCCCUCUCCGACCUCCUCCCCACCCCCCCACACCCCACCAACACCCAGGUAGCGGGCGCUAUGGACACCAGCGGCCGGAGCUUCAUGCUGGACCUGCUGGUGGCAAGCCUCAUGGCGGACGGCGGACUGGAGGCAGCCAUCGACCAGGGCAUUGCUUUUGAAAUGGAUCAAGCUGAGAACGGGAGCAAGAAGGAGGACCCUCCUGCUGGGGGUCUGGGGGAGUCUGGGGGGUCAGAGCAGUGCGGGGGCCUGCCGCUGCUGCACCUGCUCAGCCAGCUGCUCAGGAACGCCUCCUGCAGCACCAACGCCCGCCUCCUGUCGCUGUCGUCCAUGAAGUCAGACAAGCUGCUGGUGUCGCUGCUGCUGCCCUCCCCCCUGGCCUCCCAUUGCCCUGAGGGGGGCAGCUUUGGGGGAGAGGAAUGCGAGUGCUGCCCCCCUAACGAGGCUGGGGGGGACGCCGACCCCCCCGCGUCCCUGCAGCUCCUGCUGAGAUUCCAGCGCGUCCUCGUCAGCAGACUCGUCAACGUCGCCCUCGUCACUGGAAGCUUCAACUUUCCUUUCUUGUCAUUAGAAGCGAAGAGCUCUGGCCAAGCACCCAAGCCCUCAAGUGCAGCUAAUGCCAACAAAGACCACGCCAACAACGACACAAACAACGACACCAACACCAGCAAUAACAACACCAACACCAGCAAUAACACCAGCAAUAACACCAGCAAUAACACCAGCAACACCAGCGAAGGGUGCGGACUGCUGCUGAAGAAGUACGUAGAGCUGCUGGUGGGGCUUGUGACGGAGACGCUUACGUUGGGCACGGCCCUCCUGAAGUGCACCUCUUCAUCGUCUUCACCUUCCUCCUGCCCUUCGUCGGCGCCUUCGUCGCCAGUGUCGUCUCUGCUGCCGCUCCUCUACAAGAUCCUCUCAAAGGACAUACUUGGACUGCUGGUGAGGGAGCUGGUGAUCAGCCUGCUGGUGGUGUGCCACCACGCCCCCCGAGUGGCCGUGGGCUGUGGCCUCCUGCAGCCCCUCGUGGCACUCAUAGGGCCACUCGACGAGUUUAAUAGAGCCGCCCCUCACGCUGGCCUCCUGGACCACUCGGACCUGGGGUGGCCGGGGGUCUUUGAAAGCCCCCCGGGGGCCAGCAAGACGCCCCAGCUCCCCCUCUUCAGUAGGGAGGACGUGGAGAACCACAACAAGGAGGGCGGCUGCUGGGUCGUCGUGGACGAUCGCGUCUAUGACCUUCAACUGAUCAAGAAUUGGUGCCACGCUCCGCCCGGCCUGCAGGCGCCUGACGCGGCGCACGGCAGCUUCUCCUUCAGCAGCUCGGCCUUCCCCCACGACCUCAUGACGGCCUACCUGGUGGGGGGCUGCCUCAACCCCUGCCUCAACACCAUCACCAAGGUGGGCUGCCUCAACCCCCGCCUCAACACCAUCACCAAGGUGGGCUGCCUCAACCCCCGCCUCAACACCAUCACCAAGGUGAGCAGCGUCCAGCCCAGCCGCCUCGCCACGCCCUUGCUGGAUACCCAGAGAAGCCUGGGCCUCCUGCUGGGCACCCUCUGCUGUCUCGCCGCCCAGUACAGCCUCCCGUCCCCCAGCGGCGUCCCCGAGGGAGGCGGUGGGGAGGCCACGGGGCUGGGACGAUGGAUGAGGGCCCCAUUCAUGAAGGCUGGAUGUCAGACGGUGCAGCGACGUGAUCCCUACGACGAGGAGAAGGGGGAGACGCGUACGGGCUCCUCCCUCACGUCCCCAGCCAGCACCACCCCUGGGGACUACCCCUCCCUCACCCCCGUGGUGGGGUUCUCCCCCCGAGGGGAGCAAGGCUCCAUGGUGCCGCCCCAGCAAGGGUCCCCGAGGGUGGACGUCGCAGGAUACUUCGUCAGGAUGGCAGACUCCUUCAUCCUGGCUCUCCUGGACGGCAGAGUGCAUGACCCAUACGUGUGGCAGUACAGCGCCCUCUGUGACCGCGAGGGGGCGCCGCCCCUCAACAACUGCGGCCCCAAGACAAACUUCGGGGCCGACCAUCCCGUGGAGGACGCCGCCCGCCACCUGGCGGCCGCCAUCCUCAGCCAUACUGGCCUGGCGGUUGCCGCCGUGCAAACCAUUGAACAAGCGCUCGCGGCUCGAGGCAGCCUGAUGGGUGACGGUGCUGCUGGGGGACUGGGUUCUGCUGCUGGUGCUGGAGGAGUGGGUACUGCUGCUGCAGGGGGACUGGGUGCUGCUGCAGAUGGAGGCGUGGUGACAGUCCCCAAGGCGCUGACGGAGGUGAUGCGCUGUGUGCACGCCGCCAAGUGGCAGCUCAUGAGACGUCGGCAGCUCCUGAGCCGCUCUUACAAGGAGGUCUGCGCUCCCGUCAUCGAGCGAUGCAGGUUCGCGGUCCUGGAAGUGCGCAGCGCCGCAAGCCCUCAAGUGGCGUCCCUCGAGCGCUUCUCUCUGCGUCCUCCUUCACGUUGGCGUCAUGCCAUGUACAAAGUCCUUGCUAGGCUCUCGCUUAACACCAACAACGACAACAGCAACAACGUCAACACCACCGAUAACAGCAAUAACGUCAACACCACCGACAAUACCAACGACACUAACACCCAACAGACCUACCGCCCCGCCGUUGGGAUAGGCCAAGAAAAGAUGGACUCCAGCGAAGACCGAUUUGAAAGCGUGGGCGCUGACCAGAAGGUUCCUCUUGAAAAACAGAAUUGGAAUCGGUGUUCAAAUGCGACGCAAAAACUCAACGAAAGUUCAGGGAUAAUUGAUGAUCCUGUAGGAGGUGUAACAGAAGACGUAGGACUGAAUCCUAAAAGUAUCGAUGAGUCAUCCCCUGCGAUUGAUGAUACCACAAACUGCGGGUGUAAUGCUGGUGAUGAUAAGCAAGGGCAAAGCAGCCAAGGGAAAAAUGUUGCUAUGAAUGACGAAAACGCCUUCCAACUUCAUGACGGCUCUGAUGCUGACCAAGCGAAAUAUUCACGAAAAGAAAGUUUAUCCUGCAUGAAGUCAAGUGAACCUACCGAAACUGAAUUGGAAGAAGUCAACGAAUGCGAAGAGAAAGUUGAUCUCGUACGCGGCACUUUCCGAAAGAAAGGAAGUGAACAAGGGCCUGAGAACGUCGAUGUGGACACGAAAGAAGAAGCCCUGAAGUAUUCUGAGGCUGAACUACUGAUGGGGUCAGACCCCGGGAUGGGGUUAGACCCCGGGAUGGGGUUAGACCCCGACGAAACUUCGAGACGCGGGGCCGACUUCAUCAACGACAAACUGCGGCGCGGCGGGGGAAGCCUGGGGGGCCGGUCCACUGACGGCGGAGGAGGCAGGAUAACAGGAACUUGUGACGUGACCUCCAGCGCUCCUGUGCAGUACGACAACGACCUCGCCAGCAUUCCUCGGGAGCCUCUGGCCGGAGGCGUGAUGGACUCGACCAGCUUCGUCGUCAGGAGCUUGCCGCCCCUCCUGCUGACGUCGUCCACUCAGGACCUCUGUGACGUGCUAGCUCCUGACACCGAGCGUCAGGAACUCGACGAAGAGGGCGACGAAGCUCCUGACGAAGAUGACGAGAAAUCUCUUGAGGAUGUCCUGGAACCCAAAGACGAUGUCGGGAGAAGCAAAAAGAAAACCACAGCACCCGGGGUACGGUGGGCGCCGCCCCCGCAGAAGGAGGCCGCCGCCAUCGCCGCCUCCAUCGUACAGUUCGCCCUCGCCGAGGACAGCAUCGAUCUCGAGGCGCUGCGACACGUCUUCUUCGCGCAGGUAAAGCCUAGUGUUGUAAAUGUGCCUAUGCCGUCCAGCACGGCGGAUGACCUGCCCCUCAUCCCGCUGUUCGAGCGCGCCCAGCUGAGGGCGGCCUGGUCCAGCAUCCUGCGCUGGGCGGUCCUCAACCUCCGCCAGUGCGUCCUUGAGGCCCAGCAGAUCCUGCAGCCUCCUUCACACGCCAACUCCUUCACCGACUCCGUCAGUAGAGGCAGAAAUUUUCCUGAGGGUGACGAACCCGAGAAAAAACUCGUCGAUGGACUCGCGCAAAAUUCAGUGGAUAUCGCAUCUCAGAUUAAAUCAACGGGCGUUGAUGUUAGGGGAAUCAACGAGAACCCCAACACCCGGGGAGAUCUUUCACGAGGGGCAGCUUCCCCUCUGAGCGACGCGGACCGUAGUUCCCGCAUCUGCAGUCCUGUAGGAAACCUUGAAGAUUUCGACAUGGCCGUGGACGAAGGGCGCUCCGCUCCUGCUGGAGUUGAGGGAGGAGACGAUAAGUUAGCAGAUAUGACGUCAACCGCCGGCACUGCAUCGCAGGAUGUCAGCACCGGCUUCGUUGUCAGUGGAAGUGCCCUGAGGCACCGCGCUGACGGGGAGCUGGACGCUAGCGCCAGCAGCGGCAGCGCCGGUCACCAUCUCAUGCAUGCUCACCACAUCCAGACGGCGUCCAUUCAGCAGUCGACCACGAGUCCCUCGAGCGGGGCACCGCUCGGCGGGGGCGGGGAGUUCCUGGCGACGAUGUCUGAGCUUGACUAUAUCAGGUCCUCGGUGGGGACCACCACCGGUGGUGGGGGCGCUGGGGGCGGGGAGUUCCUUGCCACCAUGUCUGAGCUUGACUACAUCAGGUCCUCCGUCGGAACCACCACCGGCGACCACCACCUUAUCAACACCAGCCCCGACGACCUCCCACCUGCUGGGGCGCUCAAUCCUGGGGCUGCCCUCGCUCCCCGCGGGGGGCUGGGCCCCCUCCCUCGGACAUCACCCGAGUACGCUGAGGGAGGUGCCCCCUGCCAUGUGCCCUCUGAGGGCCUCACAGGUGCCGCGCCUGAGAGCGGGAAACCGAGGGAAGCGUUCGCUGCUAUGCCCUCGUCAAGACUGGUGCUGAGUUUAGUCUGCCUGCUGACUCGUGGUCACUCUGGACCAGACCUGGGUCUUCUCUUAGGGUCUUCAGUGCUGGCUAGCCUGCAGACCCUGCUCACUCUCACUGGUCAGGGUGACAAUUCCCGCAUCCUGCCUCCUGGGGAGGGGCCGGGGAGUGGAGUCCCCAGGCACGAGGUGGUGACCCUCUAUGAGGAGGCUGCCAAGCCCUCCCCACCUCAGCCCUCACUUCCCCUCACAGGGCCUCAGCUCGCUGCCCUCAUGAAGGUAGGAACUCUCUUGGCCUCAGCUCGCUGCCCUCAUGAAGGUAGGAACCCUCUUGUCCUCACAGGGCCUCAGCUCGCUGCCCUCAUGAAGGUAGGAACUCNAGGGUACACUGGGACAACGGUACCACCAACUCCUACAGGUACCUGGACUAUAGGUAGGUACUGCUGGAUCAGGGUACACUGGGACAACGGUGCCACCAACUCCUACAGGUACCUGGACUAUAGGAUGGGGAAGGAAGGCAAGUAUGAUCUGCAGCUCGCCGAGCCUCCCCCCGCCGAGGGGAAGAAAGACGACGAGGACGACCUUGAUGAUGAACACGAACUGCUCCCCAUAUUUGCCCAGCGCAAUGCCCCGAGAAAUUCUAACGAUAUGCAAACUAACGCCGUCCUGCAGGAGGCGUGCACGGCGCUGCUGCUCUCCCUCAGCCUCAGUGCCGCCCUCCACCACCAGCACACCGCCCCUCCCGCCCUCCGCACCCUCUCUGCCCUCUUCCUCUCCAUUCUACAGGCGGGUGCUUUUCCCCCCUGCAACUCCCCCAGCGGGGCCUCGUCUGGGGGAAGUCCUGCGUCAGGGCGCCUCCACACUGCCAGUGCCGCCCUUGACCUCGGCCCAGACAGCAGAGGUGUGCGCAGUGGGCUGCUGGUGUGGCAGUACAAGAAGUGGUGCAGUGUGUCGCUGGUUCGAGCCCUGUGUGGCGGUUCCCCUCACUUGGCUCGCCACUGCGCCACGCCCCAGUGGCUGGCCCUCCUACUGCGCCUCCUGCAGGGCGCCUCUGAUGCCCACCCGCUCUCACUCCGGGUGGGCGCGUGUCGUGCGCUGUGGGCCAUCCUCCCCCACCGCCGGGACACCGCCCCCCAGCGUCGCCAGGUCCUCAACCAUCUUUUCACCCUCCUCGCCUCCACCAUCACCACCUGUGCACCCAACUUCCCCACGCCGUCUCCCCCAAAUUCCUCCUCCAGCCGGCCCCAUGACCCUGGGGCAGCCGGAGCCCCGGGUCUCCUUGGAGCUGACAACCCUGGUGGGGGUGAAGGACCUCCGCUCGCUGCUGCUGCUGCUGGAGGCGCAGAAGCAGGAGGUGCUGGUGCAGUGGUUGCAGUGACGUGCAGUGCCACCAGCACCCUGGUGGAGAACGUGGUGGUGUUGGUGAGGAGCCUGCACCUCCUGCCGCAGUGGACGCCCCUCAUCAACACCGCCAUCAGGCAGCACCUCGCUGCCCUCCCGGCCCUCCUGCGGCACCUCACCUCCUACAGCAUCCAGCCGGCGAGUUCAGGCUUCUUCGCAGGCGACGACGAUGGGGGAGGAACCAUUGGGGGGUUCAGGCACCACCGCGCCGUGGUGCAGCCCCAUGGGGAGGUGCCCUCCAUUCUGCUCCCCCUCGCGCACCUCCAGCCUGUCCCCUCCAUGCCCCUCGCCCUCGAGCGGGGGGCGCUGGUGGACGGCACACCAGGGGUGUGGGCGGCGCUGCUGGCCGUAGCCGCGGACUACACCCGCACCCUUCACGUCACCCAGACCUCCAGCCUGUCACCCACGUGGCUUAGGGUGCAGCAGAUUCGCCUGCUGGCCAUGAACGCCUGCCGCAGUCUGCUGGCACAGCCCUCACUGCUUCGCCUGCUGAUGCUACAGCCCUCGUCGGCCGCCACGUCCCUCGCCGUCACGAGCCUCAACAGCGUCCGCUCUCCUGACGACGACCAGCUCUCCUUCAGCGCCCCCAGCGUGUUGCUGCAGCGUAUCAUCACCGCGGCGACGCUGCCGUCACCAGUCAAGUCAUCGUACACGCGUCAACAAAUUCAGGCGGCGGCGCUGGCGCUGAUGGAGCGUCUCACGGAGCUGUCUACGCGCCCCGACGUGUCCCCAACCUGUGGGGCUACUGUACCUUCCCCUCCCUCACCCCCCUCACCCUUCACCAACCCUGCUCCCCCUGCUCCCCCUCUCUUCCCCCCGAGGGCUCAUCCUCCUGCUGACACCAGACAGCAAGAGAACCCACAACUGAAGCCCUCCCCCACGUCUGUGGGGGGUCCUAAGCCCCCACACGCAGGGCUAGCGCCCCCCCUGGCUCCUGGGUCUGGGCCCAAUCUGGCUCCUGGGUCUGGGCCCCCGCUGCUGGCCCAGCUGGCUGAGAUGGGCUUCUCCUCGUCCGCCAUCGAGGGCGGGAUGAGGGCGCUGGGGGGCGAUGUGGGCGUAGAGGCCCUCGUCGCCUGGCUGCUGCAGGAGGCCCAACGUCAGCCUCCCGCCCCACCUUCUGCAGCCAGAGUGGAGACGGCGAGGCUGUCACCCCCAGUACCAGGAGGCGCUGCUGCUGGAGACGCUAGGCGUGAGCAUCGCAGCACGGCGGCGGCGCUGGACUCAGAUGCUGACUCCCUCACUGACGACGCGCCCUCCCUCGCUGAGGCCCCUCGGACGCCAGGACUCCGGCGACGCGAGGACUUCAGCAGCGACGACGACUACGCGCUGUGGCUGAGGGGGCGCCUGCUGGUGGGGGCGCGGGUGAGGUGUUGCCGCUCCUAUGAGGAGGUCCACGCGGGGGACGUGGGCACCGUCGUCAGGAUAGACCGCGGCGCCCUCCACAACCUCAAUGUGCAGGUUGACUGGGAGCGCAAGCGGGGCACCUACUGGGUGCGUUUCCUACACAUUGAGCUGCACGAGCCUCCCACCCCCAGCACGGGGGGACCCUUCAAAGUGGGGGACCGCGUGCGGGUGAAGCCCACCGUCGUCACCCCCGCCUACAAGUGGGGCUCUGUCACCCACCGAUCGGUGGGCGUCGUUGCCAAAGUGGAGACUGGGGGCGACGUGCUGGUGGUGGACUUCCCAGAGCAAGACCACUGGCACUGCCGGGCCCAUGAGAUGGACUUGGCCCCACCGGGCCACACUGACGUAUCCUGCUCUGAGUGUGGGGCCUGGCCCCUCUAUGGAGCGCGGUUCAAGUGCAAGGUGUGCGCACAGUUCAACUACUGCGAGGACUGCUUCUACACGCGCCGCACGCACCAGCACCUCUUCUACAGGAUCGCUGAGCCCGGAUCAGCUGCCGUGUACGCGGGCCACGCCGGACGGGGCCGGGCCCGCCACCCUUACGCCACCACCGCCGCCCCCCACCUCCCUGUGGACGCCACGCCCGCCGCUGAACCUGGUGUGCUGAAGGAGUGGGGUCAUGUGGUGGCCCACCUGUCGGUGUCGUCACGGGAGAACUGGGCACCCCGCCUCACCGACCCCGCCGCGGGGUACUGGCAGAGCUGCGGUCAUGAGGGCAAGCACUGGAUGCGGCUGGAGCUGCGUGAGCGCGUAUGCGUGCGCACGCUGCGCAUGCUGGUGGACCCUGAGGACAACUCGUACAUGCCGGCGGUGGUGACGGUGCAGGGGGCCCAGGCCCUAAGCGGCAAGCGGAGGACCCUCAACACCGUCGCCGUCAGGCCCACCGACACCUGGGUCACGCUCCUCUCCAACCUCACCGAGUACCACCGGUUCGUGGAGGUGUGCGUGGUGUCCUGCAAGUCUGGGGGCAUUGACUGUCGUGUGCACCUGCUGGAGGUGACGGGGCAGGUCUUCGUGGAGCCCCCGCAGCCCUGUGGGGGACACGCCUUCCUCGCCACUGAUGACUUCCCGCUACCCGGGGGCAGAACAAGGGGCCAGGGCCCAGGCCCGGAGGAGUGCGAUACCAAGGUGCUGGUGUGGGGUCUGAACGACAAGGACCAGCUUGCGGGGCUGUCUGGGUCUAAGAUCAAGACCCCGGUGUUGUCGGAGCGGCUCAGCGCGCUGCGCCCCCUGCACAUCGCGGGGGGCAGCAAGAGCCUCUUCGUCGUCACCGCCGACGGCAAGGUGUACGCGUGUGGUGAAGGCACGGGCGGACGUCUGGGUCUGGGCCCGUGUGGUAACGUCGCCAUACCGCGUCAGCUGACGGUGCUGAGUCAGCACGUCGUCAGGAAGGUCGCCGUCCACUCCGGGGGGCGCCAUGCCAUGGCUCUCACUGCUGACGGCAAAGUGUUCUCGUGGGGAGAAGGGGAGGACGGCAAGUUGGGGCACGGCCACCGCCUGAGUGUGGACUCCCCACGCCUCGUGCAAGGCCUCAAGGGGAAGCGCAUUAGGGACGUGGCGUGUGGUUCCUCCCACUCCGCUGCCAUCACGUCCAGUGGGGAGCUGUACACCUGGGGACUUGGGGAGUACGGCCGUCUGGGGCAUGGGGACACCGUCACCCAGCUCCGCCCCAAGCUGGUCAAGGCCCUGCUGGGGCACAGGAUAGUCCAGGUGGCGUGUGGGUCUCGGGACGCGCAGACGCUGGCGCUGACGGCGGAGGGUCAGGUCUGGUCCUGGGGCGACGGGGACUUCGGGAAGCUGGGGCGGGGGGGAUCUGAGGGCUGCUCUCUUCCCCACAACGUGGAGCGUCUCAACGGCCUCGGCGUGUGCCAGAUAGAGUGCGGCGCUCAGUUCUCACUCGCCCUCACAACCAGCGGGCAGGUGUGGACGUGGGGAAAAGGGGACUUCUACCGCCUGGGGCACGGCCAGAACCAGCACGUGAGACUUCCCACGCUGCUGGAGGGGCUCAAGGGGAAGCACAUCACCCAUGUCGCCGUGGGGGCACUGCACUGCCUCGCCGUCACCUCCACUGGACAGGUGUACGCGUGGGGUGACAACGACCACGGGCAGCAGGGCAACGGUACAACAGACGUCAACCGCCGUCCCUCACCCGUGCUCGGGCUCGAGGGCUACAAGGUGUCCCGGGUUGCCUGCGGGUCCUCACACUCAGUGGGCUGGACCAUCCAGGACCCGCCCCUGCUUCCCCCCACUGAGCCCGUCAUGUUCACCCUCCCUCGGGACCCGCUGGGGGCCCACGCGAUGGGCAUCGCGGACGCGUUCACCACGGAAAGCGUCUCAUCGUCGCCGCCGUCCACGACUGGAGGCGUCCCCGUCGCCCACCGUCGCUCUGUGCCGUCCAUCUUACCAGGCACAGCGUCCUCGACUGUCCCGUCCACGGGUGACGGGGAGAAGGAAGCCCCGCCGUCCCUGACGAAGGCGGUGCUGGGGCUCAGCUCCCCAGCCGCCCAGCAGGUCGCCCUCCAGCACCUGCUCAACGCCCUCCAGAUCCUGCUGGCGCGGGAGUGCGUGGUGGCCACGGCGCGGCCCUCAGCGGCGGCCACCCUGCCUCCUGACCACCUCCUUCAGGAGGACGACGCCUCCGUGACUCCAGUGAACAGCCUGGAGCGCAGCUCCCCUCCUCCAAGGAGCCCCUCCCCCGACUCCUCGGCCACCACGACCCCCUCAUCGCUGGCCCCCCGCCCCAGCCCCCCACCUGGUGGGGAGAUCGCUGAAGGUGGGGGCGAGGCUCUCGCUUGCCCCAUAGAAGCCGCCAGCGUCAACGCCACCAUGAGUUUGGUUGGCAGCCCCGGCAGCGACGAGAGCAUCUUGCUGCAGCUUGCGUCCGCCGCCUCCACCACCUCCCACCGCCACCACCACCACGUCCUGCCCGCCGCCCCCGACACGACCACCCUCGUCACGGGACCAAGUGACGUGUGCUCGUCCCCUCCUGUAAACACAGCGCCGAGUCAUGGCGGCGACGACCUAAUCGGCCACCUCAGUGAAGACGAGGUGGGCGUGGCGGUAGACCUCCUGAAGCUGGCGGUGGCGGGACGAGCGGGUGACGGCGCUGCUGUGGCGCUCACCCACGCCAUCGGUGGGUGGUGCUCACGGUCCCGGGGCGUAGCGGCGGCGGUGCUGGAGCUCUGCGUAACAGAGCUUGAAGACGCGGCGUGUGACACGGAAGCUCUGAGGGCCGCCCCACAACCUGUGGUGCAGGAGAGCUCGCACCCAUACACCGACAACACCAAUACUUCAGGCACCGUCAAAAUCCCGGGGGCCGAAGCCCUACGUGUGCAGUUCUCUCCUGAAUGCAGCACUGAAAGGCGUCAUGAUCCCCUGAUCCUGCUGGACGCACAGCACAGGGUCCUCUCGGUGCGCUCGGGGCGUGAUUGGCCGGACUGGUCUGCAGAGUUGCGCGUUCCAGGCGACGAAAUGCACUGGAAGUUCACAAGCGAUGGCUCCGUGAAUGGCUGGGGCUGGCGCUUCACUGUGUACCCGUUGAUGACGCGCCCUGCGCCUUGCGACUCCUACAGCGACAGGCGUCUCUUGUCGCGACCCAUGCUCGAGGUGGCCGUGUGUCUGCUGCCCUUUGCUCUGCCAGCGUCGCCACAUCCUCCGACUCUCGCACGUCUUGCUGCUGCCCUCGCCUCCUGCUCGCAGCUGUCAUGCCUCGCGCCCGGGCACCGCAUGUGGGCCCUUAAGACGCUGCGCCAUAUCAUCACCUCGGAGGUCGGGGUGUCUCUGAACAUAAAAGCCCUUCUGGCAGCAUCGUAUCCUGUGGUUCCACCUACAGCCACCACUGCUACAGUCAACACCAGGGCCAUGUCCCCGCUGCUGCUUCCCCACCAGUACCAUCAUUCCUCGUAUCAUUCACAUCAUCGGUCGUCUGCAUCAUCGCUGCAGUCGAUGCCUGUACAGCAGCUGCAACAAGCGGCCAAUACCACGCAGCUGGCGGCUCUCUCGUCCGCCCUCAAGGACAGCACUGAGAGCAUCGACUCAAUUUCAUCCGCGACGCGUGGCCACGAAGUUCGUUUCUGUCCUGAAAUGCCCCUCGUGAGUCUGCUCAAGAACCUCCCCGACGCUCUGCUCCGGCAGUACGACUACGAAGACCCUCUUGUAAGGGGCGGCAAGCAUCUCAUGCACUCGCAGUUCUUCAAGGUCUUGGUGGGCCUUGCUUGUGACUUGGAGCUCGAUCAUUUGGUCAGCGACUCUCAUAAAUGGAAUUGGUUCAGGAAAUACUGCGCCGCAGCUCGGGUCCUGAACUCUUUGCUACACCGCACGCCCUUACCGCAGCAAUUCAUCGCUGAAGUGCGUAGUAAGCUUCGGGAAAUGGUCGGGGACGGCGAGGCUAUCGACUGUAGGCACGAGGACCAGAAACUUUUCACGCAUGACCACGACCACCAACUGCUGCUGUGGUUCCAGCGUAAGCCUGAUGACUGGACCUUGUCGUGGGGCGGUAGCGGGAGUAUUCAUGGCUGGGGUCACAACCACCGGGGGCAGCUGGGGGGCGUCGAGGGGGCUAAAGUGAAGCUCCCUCACCCAUGUGAAGCGCUAACUGCUCUUCGGCCUGUGCAGCUCAUUGGAGGAGAGCAAACGCUCUUCGCUGUCACUGCUGAGGGCAAAGUUUAUGCCUCAGGCUACGGGGCAGGCGGGCGUCUGGGUAUAGGCGGGGUGGACUCAGCGCUGACGCCGACGCUGCUGGAGUCGCUGCAGCGCGUCGUCGUCAAGAAGGUCGCCGUCAACAGCGGCGGCAAACACUGCCUCGCCCUCACCGACACUGGCGACGUGUACUCCUGGGGCGAGGGCGACGACGGCAAACUGGGGCAUGGCAACAAGAGACCCAGGGGCAAGGGGCGCUACGGCAGGCUGGGGCAUGGUGACUCGGAGGUGAGCAGACCCAGGGGCAAGGGGCGCUACGGCAGGCUGGGGCAUGGUGACUCUGAGGUGAGCAGACCCAGGGGCAAGGGGCGCUACGGCAGGCUGGGGCAUGGUGACUCGGAGGACCAGCUGCGCCCUCGGCUGGUAGACGCCCUGCUGGGGCACCGGGUCGUGGACGUGGCCUGCGGCAGCGGCGACGCGCAGACGCUCUGCAUCACCGACGACGACUGCGUGUGGUCCUGGGGCGACGGGGACUACGGCAAGCUGGGGCGGGGGGGAUCUGAGGGCUGCAAGGUUCCCCUCAAGGUGGAUGCCCUCACUGGCCACGGUAUUAUCAAGGUUGAGUGCGGCUCUCAGUUCUCAGUGGCACUGAGCAGCAGUGGGUGCGUGUACACGUGGGGCAAGGGCGACUACCACCGCCUGGGGCACGGCAGCGACGACCACGUCAGGACGCCCCGCAAGGUCCUCACACUGCUGGGCAAGAAGGUCAUCAGCAUCGCUACAGGGUCGCUGCACUGCGUGUGCUGCACUAGUGACGGUGACGUGUACACGUGGGGGGACAACGACGAAGGGCAGCUCGGCGACGGCACCACAAAUGCCAUCCACAGCCCCCGCAUCGUCAUGGCCCUGCCUAACAAGAAGGUGAACCGCGUGGCGUGCGGGUCAGCUCACAGCCUCGCCUGGAGCACCAGCAGGGCGGUCACCAGCGGUCGCCUGCCCUCGUCUGUGCCUGUGGAGUACAGCGUGCUGAGGGAACUGCCCCUCCCCGCCCUCAGGAACAGGCUGGUGUUACUGCACCACUUCUCCGAGCUCAUCUGCCAGAGCGUGAGCAUGUUCGAGCUGAUGGGGGAGGACGCUGUCCCGGCACCGCCCCCCGAGGGACCUGUUCCUCCCCUGGGUGGGCAGGGCGUCCCCACGGGGGGCUCUGACCCCCAGCACAUCAACAAACUGCGCUCCAUCAUCGUGCAGGCUGCUAAAGAAGCUGCCUUCAAGAAGGUGAUCCAGGCGACGAUGGUGCGCGACCGUCAGCACGGCCCCAUCGUGGAGCUCAACCGCCUGCUGGUGAAGAGGUCGAAGAGGGGCGGCGCCGCGGGGACGGGGGCGGCGGGGGACGGCGGACGCACCGUCCUGGGGCAGAUGGUCGCCAAGAUGUCGUCCCUGACGCAGGACGCCUUGUUCCUCCCCCACAGGGUCUGGAAGGUCAAGUUCGUGGGUAUGCUGAUGGGCAUCGCGGUGCGGACGGGCAGCCCCCUGAGCCUGAACCUGGCGGAGCCCGUGUGGCGGCAGCUGGCGGGCAUGGCGCUCACCCCCGCCGACGUUACUGAGGUUGACCGGCACUACAUGCCGGCGUUGCUGUGCGUCCAGCAGAUGGGGGAGCCUGCUGCUGCUGCUGCUGCUGCUGCUGGGGCAAACAAAAACACUUCAGAAGAUCCUGGUCUUUCUGCUGGGGAUCCUGUAGGAGGUGAAGGAUCCUCUCUUGCCUCCUUAGACCUGCCCUUCACCACGACCUCUGCUGCAGGUCAUCAGGUCGCGCUCUCCCACAAGCACACAAGGAUCACCCUGCAAAAUAAGGACAUCUACGUGCAAAUGGCGCUGAAUUAUAGGCUGCACGAGUUCGACGUGGCGGUUGAGUGCGUGAGGGCGGGUAUGGCGCGCGUCAUCCCUCUGCCUCUGGUCGCCCUCUUCACGCCCUACGAGCUGGAGACGAUGGUAUGCGGCUCCCCUGACAUCCCGCUCACCCUGCUCAAGAGUGUUGCUACCUACAAGGCUUAUCCCUUGUGUCAGGUUCUGGACAAGUACCACCCGCCUGACAUGUUCCUGCCGGAGUCCUACACUUGUUUCUUCCUGCUGAAGAUGCCACAAUAUUCCUGCAAGGCCGUCCUCCGCGAGAAGCUCAAGUACGCCAUCCACUUCUGCAAGAGCAUCGACACCGACGACUACGCCAGAGUAGCCAUGGCGGGCGGCAGGUCUGGUGCAGUUGCUGAAGGAGGGCCACCAGGGGCAUCAGACACUGACACGGACGACUGGGACAGCAUCGCCAGCGAGGAGUCGCCCCCCGAGGGACCUUUCUCGUCCUGGGCCUGGAACGCCAACAAUAGGGAACGAUAAUCCAAAAGGAUUGGAUAUGAGUACGCAUUGUUCUAGGAUCGGAAAUAAGGUUCUGGAUACUAGAACUGCAUCGUCACUCUUCUUUCAAAACUUAGCAGGUACAUAAGAUGAAAUAAACAUUGUUUUGUCCUCAUUAUACCAAAUAAAUCUACACCCAUUUGAUGUGACAUCGUUGCACCACACCGCUGGUCUGCGUUCUGACCGGGUACGGCUGGGAUCCACAAGCCCAAGACUGGCCGCCCAAGCCUCCAUUAAUAAUCUAAUAAUAAAUAAAGAAAUGACAGUGAAGUAAUGGUAAUUGUGACCAAAAAAUUAUUGCCGUUCACCUCAAAAUGGACAAGUUAUAUGCACAGGUAACUUAUUACUUAAUUAUCAAUUGAUAUUAGCAGUUGAAUGUUUAGACAGCCAAUAUCUUUGCUUCGGUGCGUCCUGGGUUGAAUGAAUUGGAAGUCGUUUUAUCGGUUCUAAAGCCGUUACGUUAAGUUUUAAAUAGCAAAUGCUUUGACGAUAUUCCGCAUUCAUCCAUAUCGCUUGUAUAUCAUCUUCUCUCUUUACGAUAAAGAAUAAGUUUCUCGGGAUAUUUAGGAUUCUGACCUAAUUUAUUGUUUGUUGUCGCUACAUUUGGUCAGUUUUCUGCCAUUGCUAAUAUUUAUUCUUAAAGUUAAAACAUGCUUGGUAGGCUCGAUGGUGCUGUGCAUUAGUCUUUAUUGUGGGAUUCGCUUGAGGCGAUUAAAUGUACUCGCUUAAUGUUAAGGUUGAAAUUGUGUUCUCUAGUAGAUCUUGGUAUAAAAUCGUUCGUUUUUCGACCAAUGACCAUUUCGAUUAUUUCAAUUCCUUAAUUUCCACAUUUUUAUUCUAGUUAUUUUCAAGUCUCGGUUUUUUUCCUUGAAGUAUUCUAGUUAUCAUCUCGAUGAAUUAUUUUGACAGAUGCGUAUAUGCCAAAAAUUCUGAUACUAACCCAUCUUUACGAACACGAAUACCGUAGCUCUCAUUCACUAUAAUUAAUUCAGAUCUGCUCCCCCAUUCCCCUUCGUGCCACUUCUUGGGGGCAUUAAUUAAAAGACCGCCAGUUACAGUUAUCAAUAUAUUUAUUAACGGUGAAUUCGCUUGACAUUUUCUUUACUUUCUAAUUUUUCGCUAUUUCUAUGGAAAUAACGGAAAUUUUUGCUCGCUUGGCAGGCAAUGCUACAUGUUUUCCUCUAUUCAUUUUAUCGAUACUUCUGUAACUCGGUCACUAACUAGUCUGUGAAGUCGGUCUACAGAUCCUAAAUAUAUCACGUAUAUUAUUCCAUCUCAAUAAAUAUUAAAACGUAAUCCGUAAUUCUGAAGUAGAGAUUAUUACUGCCUCUUUAGUGAUUUACUGCAUCAGUGUCCCCGAGCUGAGAGAGUUAAGGUCGGCAUUGACACCCAAUUAUUAUAGCACAAUUCUUUGUUCUAUUCUCUUUUUAUUCAUUGUCUUACUCCUUGUGACGGUGCCACAGUUCGGAUCUCUUAAGUUUAAGGUUUAAUAAUUUUGUGCUAUUAAGCGUUGUAUGUUAUAAGCACGGUAUUUAGCGAAUAAUAAACUAUCGGCACAU